AUGGAUUAUGAGUUCAAUAAAAUAGGAAGAAACGAAUCAACAGAUGUAGAGCUUGAAUACGACUACAACAGUGUUAUGCAAUACGAAGGGACGGCUUUCUCCAAGAAUGGCAGACCAACUAUGUCUGCCAAAAACAAUUCAAUCAAACUGGGCUCAGAUUUUGGAUUCAGUGAACUCGAUAUAAAGAGAAUGAAUACAUAUUACGGAUGCUUUCAAAACAAUUCUGAUAAUAGAGAAACCGUUCGGACAAACGAUCAUAACUUUAAUUGUUCAAAAUUAAAGUGGAUUUCGUUUGACUCAACUGUUUCUCAGAAUAUUCUGGUGGAGAACAAACAUCGGGAAGUGAUGGGAGAACUGCUUAUAUUGGGAGAUUCUUAA